AUGUUAAACCCUGAUGUUGUUCUUAUCCUUGUUGUACACAAUGGUCGUGUAGAGUACUUUAAUGGGAAGGUUGUCAAUAUGACAUCUGCAACAACACUACAUAUUAAUCCUCCUUUCCCAAAGGCAGAACCCCUCAUGCUAAGAGGACCUCUUCCAUUGCAACCUCAUGAUUUGUCUUCAGGAUUUAGUCAUAUUGAUGGAAGAUACAGUAGUAUGACUUUUUCGUCAAUCCGUGAAUGCAUGUGUGUUAGACCAGAAGCAAUUCAAACCACUAUAGUUGUUGUUCUUAGAUUUGUGAACGUAACAGAUGAUGACUUCUACUACGCAACUUACUUAAAGUUAAUGGUAAACCUUGCAAAAAAAAAUGCACUCAACAGGCCUGAUGAUUCAUGGUUUUGUCCUAGAUGUCAAAUGAGCAUGGUACAAUGCAAUUACAAUUACCAUUUACCAAUGAAACUACAAGAUGUAACAGGAACUCUUUGGGCAACUGCUUUUGAUGAGGUAGGAAUAGAUUUGAUUAAAAAAAAUGCAAAAGAGCUUUACAUGCUCCAAAAUGGCGUCAACACAACACAAACACCUCGUGUUGUCAUUAAUACAGUUGUUUUGCAUCGCUACACGUUCACUUUGUUGGUUUCUACUGACACAUACAAUUUUGAGCCUAAGUUGAAGGUUGCAAUUAACAAGGUCUACGAGGUUGGCUAUAUAGCUGAGUGUAAUGCUUUACUUGCAAAGAUUGCUCGCCUCUCUACACAACCUUAG